AUGUCGCGGGAAGUUGAGAGCUCUAAUAUGAUUCCUAUUGCAUGGCACAAUGCUAUUAGAAGUGUUGGUCAAGAAUUUGAUGAUGUUGAACAUUGUCGGCGAAGUUUAAGCAAUUAUUCUAUUGCACGAGGAUUUAACUUUGAAUUUGUAAAAAAUGAACGCAAAAGGGUGACAGCAAAAUGCAAGGCCACAAACUGUGAAUGGAUGGGGUUUGCGGAGGGAUGUAGGCCAAUAUUGUUCUUGGAUGGUACACAUCUUUUUGAUAGGUAUAAAGGAACCUUACUUGCCGCAACUGCUCUAAACGGAGAUGGAGGUAUGUUUCCCGUAGCAAUUUGCAUAUGCGGGACGGAGAAUGAGAGUAAUUGGGAAUGGUAUAAAGGAACCUUACUUGCCGCAACUGCUCUAAAUGGAGAUGGUGGUAUGUUUCCCGUAGCAAUUUGCAUAUGCGGGACGGAGAAUGAGAGUAAUUGGGAAUGGUUUCUGGAAUGCAUUCGAGACAUUCUCUUCAAUGAUGAAGAUCCAUAUACUCCAGAUGAUGAACUGGUGUUAAUCUCUGAUAGGGACAAAGGACUUCAGAAUUCCGUGAAGAAAUGCUUUCCAUGGUCACAUCACUCUUAUUGUAUUCGUCAUCUUUUGGCUAAUUUUAAGAAUAACCUAUCGAAAAAAGGUAUUAUACCACCUUUACGAGAUGAAUGUGUGCAAAUUAUGAAGAGGGCCGCUUAUGCAUACACUUCUCGUUCCUAUAACAAUGAAUGUAACGAGCUACGGCAUAAAUCAGAGAUCGCCUAUUGUGAAAUGUUGAGGAUGAGUCCAGAAAAUUGGGCUAAUUGUUAUUUUCCUGGGAAGAGAUAUGGAUGGUUGACAUCAAACGUGGCGGAGUCAUUCAAUUCUUGGAUCAAAGAAGCUCGUUAUUUGCCAAUUACCCAAACAAUUGAUAAUAUUCGCAAGAAAAUGAUGAGGAUGGGUUUUGAAAGGCGGGAGGCAUCCCACAAGUGGACCACAUCAUUUGUUCCUACUGUGGAAGAACACCUUAUUCAUAUCAAUGAGCAAUCACGUUGUCUUUCUGCAAUUCCUUCUACUACAGGAAGGUACGAGGUGUAUGAUUUCCCCACCGUUGAAGUAAACUUGAAUGAACGCACAUGCGCUUGUCGUGAAUGGCAAGUUGUCGGGCUACCUUACAAACAUGCUGCGACGGUUAUUCGACAGAAUAUGGACACCCUUUACUCCUAUAUUUCCCACUACUUUAGUGUGGAGACAUACCGCAAAUGCUACUCCUUUCCGAUAUACCCAAUUCCUGACGAUGACAAGCCAUGUAUAGAUGAUGAAAAUAUGGUGAUUCGGCCACCAACAACAUCAAUUCUUCGUGGAAGACCAAGGACAAAGCGCAUUCCUUCGGGAUUGAAUCCGGGCAAAGAGUUAAAAUGUAGUAGAUGCCAACAGUAUGGUCACAACCGUAGAACAUGUAGACAACCUAUUGCGGACUAG